AAUAAAUUCUAAUUUAUUUUCUUUCAUCCAUCGAUCCAUCUUUCCGUAAUAAUAACAAAAUGAUAAUAACUUAUUAUCAUUUUUGAUACAUACAUACACAAAUUGCAUACUGCAAGAUGAGUGUUGUUACGCAUGUAAUUGCCAAUUUUGGCACGAAAUAUUUCGCCAAAAUUAUAUUCAUGCGUUCCCUUCGCUACGAUCCGUUCUCACAAAAUUCGAAAAAGCAGACAAGGCGGAGAAAAAAAAGAACGUUCCUCAAAAACUUGCACAUCUCUCCGCAGUAAACCGACGACAAAGCUACUCAAACUAAAUUCGGCGAUACGAUGGACAAUCCUCCUCCUCCUGCUGCGGGUGAUGACGACCUUUUUCCUGACAACGAAGGAGAUGACAUGGACAUGAACGACGAGUACGAUGGCGACAUGAACGACGCCGAAGGAGACGAAAAGUCUGGGGAUCAUUUUUAUGGCGAAAACCUGACUCAGGAUGACCUCCUCCCCCUUGGACAAGGUGACGACGACCCUGCCCAGGUGAAUGACCUCCUUCCCUUGCAAUUUCACUCCUUCGCCGAUAACUACAUAGUCGCCUAAUGUAUCCUCGCUAACUUCCCUGACUACAACGUCCGAAUAAAUCGCCGUGUCUGUAAAUCCUGAACCGCCGCGGGGGGCGUGAUUCUGUCCCGACGGAAUGGCGGGAACCAAAAAGCCGCCCUCAAAUUCGAGCGGGAAGCCGAUGGAAAACAGACGAUCGGCCGGCUCAACAAGCUGCUCGCGGGGACGACCACGCCGCGCCUUCUGCUCCCCGCCGACUACGCAACCCUUGUCAUUUCGACGGCCUGCAUGCGCAGCAAGACGGAUGCCCGGGCACCGCCAAGGUUCCAAGUUUUUCUCGAGCGUUACGGGGGGUACGUUAAGGGGGUCGAAUUUCAUCGGACGGCUGGGCGACAGGAUGACUUCGAGAUGUUUGACGAUGUUAAAGCGAUCCUGCAGACGUGUCGGAAUCUGAAGGAUUUUGCAUUCCUCCCAUAUAAAGGCGAAUUUGUGGCGACAGGACAGCCAGGUCAGCAUCAAGGACAGCUGGCCGCCUUCCGUCAAACCUUGGCAUUUACUCCAGUCCGACCUCCUUUCUCGCUGACCGUGAACAUGACCCCCAUAAAGCUGACCACGUUAGUGGUCCAGAUGUCUCAACCUCGACAUCUGGCCGUGCUUAUCAGGAUGUGCGGUAACCUACGUGAUCUCAUCUUUCUCGCGCCCAAAGCCGACACUCGGACCGCAGCAGAUUUGUUGGAGGAUUGGGAGCAUUUUCAAGACGCGCUGAACGAGGCUGGAGGAAUGAACCAGAUUCAAUCACUCAGCCUACAGGACUGGGACCACGUUCCCAAUGUGGAAAUGAAAAACCUCCGGACUUUCAAGCUAUCCGUUCAGCACGGAAUCUCCACCAUUCCAGUGUCUCAGAAGAUUUCCUACCUCACUCUUUAUCCUCAAGUCCGAAAUGUUCAUAUCUACAUGCGCCAGAUGCGAGCCACGCUUCCCGAGAAUGGGUCCGUCCACCGUUUUGUCAAUAGGUUUCCCGGAAUGACUACGCUCCUCGUUGACGUAAAGCCGGAGACUCCCCUCAUCGAUAUGAACCAGUGGGAUAACAUACAGCAAGAAAACAAUGUAAUGAACGACGACCGCCAGCCGCCGCACCUCCAAUUCACUUCCAACUUUUUGGCGAAUGAGGCGCUCUUCUUGGGAAACGUGUCGUUGGAGAAGGUAAAAUUUGACGAAGAGUUGAAGCUCGGAGCCACAUUAUCGAAACUGCUCCAAAUACAAUUUUAGUCCAAACGAUUUGAAAUACUUGUGACAAAAAAUUCGCAAAAUUAAUUGAGUGUCGAAGUUUCAUAAUUUGCUGGUGGAGAUGACGAUAAU